AUGCCUUUGUUAGACAUAACCAACCCUGCUGUUAUAAUAUUCCUCAAGGAGAAUUAUGAGAAAGAAAACCGUUUACGAUUGAACUGGACCAACAAACACCGCGAAGCCAUUCAACACGCAGCUACUCUAAAUAGAGAACCUACUGGUUACUUUGAAACUGACGUAAUAGCCCACAAUAUGAAGGAGGGCAUGACUACUAUAACAAGAGACCAUGUAGUGGCAGGUUACAAUAGAAGAAAAGUGCCGUUACGUGACGGAAAGUUCAUAACAGGUGGAGACAAUUUGCGUCAGGGUCAUUCUAUCGCUGAUGUUAAGCUCGGCGACCCAAAAGAAGAUCCAAGACUUGCACGUCCUUCAAAAGAUUUGAGUUUAGAUCCUCCCAUGAGACCAGUAAAGCCAGAGUUAAAAGAGGUGAUAUAUAAAUCGAAACCCGAGUACGGGAGGGACGAGUAUUUAAAAAAGCGUUCGAAGAUGUGGCCGGAAAACAGGUUUUAUUUCGCAGAAUGCAGUAACUGGGAAUACGGUUGGAGAAUGGGUGAUAGUGAGUUAUGUCAGAAACCUUUGUACGGAAGAUGUUGGCAUCUUACCAGAACUCUGAGGAGUCGUGUGGGACCUCAACCUGAUCCGCUACAUUACAAGUCUUCUGAUUUACCGGGCUCUUCUAAAUGUGUAGCAAUAUAA